AUGCGCACAUUAUCCUCUCCAACGUUGGCGACUUUCCUGACAUCUACAUCUCCAUCGCGUCUGAAGCUCUUCGCUGACCCGCUAUGGCGGGGUCGGUGCCAGAGAUGCCUCGCCUCUGUAGCCUCGCAACAAUCGCAAGCACCAUCGCAGUAUGGGAAACCGCCCUUUCGCUUUGAGACGGGCAUCGGGCUGUUUGCAAAGCGGUCGCCUCGGCCGUUCCCGCCGCCCUUCUUGUCCCCUCCAUCUGUAUCCUUCUCAGACCCCCUAAGCACCCAUCACCAGAGCCGGGACCGUCGAGCUCGCGCCUUUGUGAAUGGAGAACUCAUUAAAGGACUUACGAAUGGUGACGAUGCCGUGUAUGCUAGCGACUAUUUCAUAUGUGCAAACGAUGGCGUAGGCGCGUGGGCAGCUCGCCCCAGAGGUCAUGCUGGGUUGUGGUCGCGACUGAUAUUGCACUUCUGGGCGACGGCCAUCGAAGAAGAGUCAGCGCAGAACCUAUUCCAGCAAAAGGCCUACCAGCCCGACCCCAUUGCGUCUCUGCAGACGGCGUUUGAGCAAACACAGGAAGCAACCGGUGCUCAUAACUGGCAGGGAACGACGACGGCGUGCGGUGCUCAACUCCAUUAUAAAAUGGUGAUGGAUGCGGGGCGUCAAGUUGCGGCGCCAGUUCUCUACGUGACCAACCUGGGUGACUGCCAAGUUCUCGUCCUCCGGCCCCGGGAUCAGGGAGUUGUAUUCAAAACCACAGAGCAGUGGCACUGGUUUGACUGCCCCCGUCAGCUCGGCACCAACAGUCCCGAUACCCCGAAGGAGAAUGCCGUGGUUGAUGUGGUAGACCUAGAAGAAGGCGAUGUGGUACUUGCUAUGAGUGACGGUGUUAUUGAUAACCUCUGGGGACACGAAAUCGCGACUCGGGUGUUUCAAAGCAUCAAGGAGUGGGAGGCCAAGAAAGGUGCUGAUGGGGAUGCAGAUCGAACAGGCGGCCGCAACGGCGGGAUGUCUGUCGUGGCUCAGGAUCUAGUAGCGGCUGCGAAGGUGAUAGCUCUCGAUCCAUAUGCAGAGAGUCCAUUCAUGGAACAUGCCAUAGAGGAGGGUCUGGCUAGCGAAGGAGGAAAGCUGGACGACAUUAGUGUUGUUGCUGCAUUAUGCGUUAGAGAUACGGAACGGUAA